UCACACCGAGCCCUGAGGAGCUGCAGGGACGCUGCUCCCACUGUGGAUAUGUUUGAUGACUUCUCAGAAGGCAGAGAGUGUGUCAACUGUGGGGCCAUGUCCACCCCGCUGUGGCGGCGGGACGGGACGGGACAUUACCUGUGCAACGCCUGCGGCCUCUACCACAAGAUGAACGGCAUCAACAGACCCCUGAUCAAGCCCCAACGCCGGCUGUCCGCCUCCCGCCGAGUGGGCCUGUCCUGUGCCAACUGCCAGACGACCACCACCACGCUGUGGCGCCGCAACGCCGAGGGUGAGCCCGUGUGCAAUGCCUGUGGCCUCUACAUGAAGCUCCACGGCGUCCCCAGGCCUCUUGCGAUGCGGAAAGAAGGGAUUCAAACCAGAAAACGGAAGCCCAAGAACCUUAAUAAAGCUAAGACACCAACAGGUCCUCCGGGCAGUGAGAGUCUCCCUCCCACCAGCAGCGCUUCCAGCACCUCCAGCAAUGCCACCAGCAACAGCAGCGAAGAGAUGCGCCCCAUCAAGACAGAGCCCGGGCUGUCAUCCCACUACGGCCACAGCAGCUCCAUGUCGCAGACGUUCUCUGUCAGCACCGUGUCUGGCCACGGGCCCUCCGUCCACCCGGUGCUCUCAGCCCUGAAGCUCUCCCCUCAAGGCUACGUGUCUCCUCUCAGCCAGUCGCCACAGGCCAGCUCCAAGCAGGACUCUUGGAACAGUCUGGUCUUGGCUGACAGUCAUGGGGACAUAAUCACCGCCUAACCUCCCCUCCUUCCUGCCUCAAAUUCCUGCAUGGACCUGGGACUUGGAGGGCAGCAGAGAUGGGGGCUCUGGGCUCCCAGGGGCUGGCCUCUGUCUGGGAACAACUCCAGAAGGACCACUGGGAAGAAACUUGAAGUCAACGGCCUGGCUAGGGGAUGGGGGUGUUGGAUCUUCUCAGAUGCCUUUUCAAGGUGAGUUUCUGGAAAGAGCCCGACUUUGACACAGAAGAGCCACCCUUCACCACGAACCACGAAGCCUCUUCCGUGGGUUGGAGACUUCUUCUUCAUGCUCUGCCCCCCAUCCCGGGUGAGAGACAAGGCAUCCUUCUGCCCUGCUUUUUCACCGCUGUGGCCUAGGAUGGUGGUUUUCCAUGGUGUUCCCGGCACCAGGGGUCUGGGAGUGGGUGGAGGGCAGGGCUCUGAGGCCCUGUCCAGCCUGAAUGAGGGCAUCUGGUGGACAUGUACUUGGACACAGCAGACCCUGUGGGCAGUCCCCGUCCUGCUCAACACUCCCCGGGGGCAUGGCAUGGCCCUGCAUCCCCAGCACCAAAGCUGACCCCACAAUGACCAGGUGUCACGCAGAUGUUACUGAACGCUCCCCGGGAGACGGAAGGCGGCCGCUGCAUCACAAACAGUCCGGCUCCAUCAAAACGCCUACCCCGGUUCCUCCCUCUGCCAAGGGCCUCCCCUCUUUGCUCCUCUUCGCCCCCAAGGCCUCUUAAAAUAAAAUCCCUCCUGCUGUUCCGAGUGAUUCAGCUCUGCCUUCAGCCUGUGCGUGUCUCUCCCUCGGCAAAACGAGAGCUCGGCAGUUCAGCCACACAGCACCUCUGGUCCACCCCGGCAUCCUUCCCUCACCCCAUCCCACAUGGGGUUCUAAGCAGGAACAGACAUUCUGCUGCCAAAGCAAGGUCGGCCAACACUCAUCUCAGCCUCCAGGUCCUUCUGGAGAGUGACGGGCAGACACUGUCCUGCUCGGGGGCUCUGUCCCACUUGCUCUGCUCCUGCAGGGGCUGCAGUCCUGUGGCCAUGGGCCUGUUGGUCAGGCAGUGGCCGAGUCCACAGCACCUGGACCUGCAUCCAUUCCCUUGCAGAAAUCUUUGAUCCAGGAGGUGAAAAGCCAGGGGUUUUACAAUGUAAGUUCAAGGCAGAAACGCAACAAAACAAAACACAUGGAAAGAAAGAAAAUGGCCCAUACGCAGACCCCCCAGCCCUGACCUGCUCUGGAAUUCACCUGCCUUCACAUUGUUCCGUGUCCACCCGUGAUGCUGGGACACACGGAGACUCCACCUUCGUCCCUGUGAUCAACAGAGCUGUACUGUGGCAUUAUUCUGUCUCGCCCCAAAUACCGUGCCCCAUUCUCAAAUCCCACUGGCUGUAGCAGAGAACAUCUUUGAACCGAGAUUCUGUUUUAAUCAUUUACAUUUCUUUCUUCCCGAAGGCCACCCUCAUGUACCCUCCCUAACCCACAAACCUGUUAACACUGUCUUAAGGUGAAAUGGCUGUAAAAUCAGUAUUUAACUAAUAAAUUUAUCUGUAUUCCCCUU